GGAGAGGCGCGAUCGCGUAAUCGCCGUGCGUGACGCGAGACUCGGUUGACUGUGCGCCACCGGUUCGCGGUACGUGUGGGUGACAUUUGUCGGAUGCUCGGGGAUCAUCGUGGACUGGGUGAUCCCUCGGUGACAUUGUAGGUGGUCGCGAACGAUGAGUACCGGUGAUCGUGGUGACGUAAACUGAAUCAGUGAGCAAGAUAACGUACACGAUACGUGGUGAGGUCCUCGGGACAUGGUGGUAUUUCGGUAAACCGGUAGCGAAGGUCGUCGAGAGAGAGCUGGUUCCGUGGAACGACAGAGUCGACCGCGAGAGAAUACCCCCCGAACAGGAGUUAUCAGUGUGUUCGAGAGUGAGUUCGAGAGUGUUCGCGAGAGAUAAACGGCGCGCGGAGGUCAGGGUGACCGGAAGUCUCGGUCGUUGGGAGCAGCCGGCGUCCAGGUGGUCGCAGGGAUGCGGCGGACCUGACUCGAUCGAGCCGCCCGUAGCCCGUCCGUUCUGCCGUAGUGGGAAAUCCGUCAGACGAGCGUACGAUAAUCGUACGAUGAUGCCGCUCGCGCCGACGCCAAUCGUUCCGGUGCCCUCGAAGCCGAAGAUCGGCUUCAGCAUCGACUCGAUCGUCGGUGGCGGUGGACAGGGUCGCGAGGACCGACUGGACCGGCUGGAACGCGUCGAGAUCGAGAGGGACGAUGGGAGUCCCAUGGACGUGGAAGGGUCCUCGUCGCCCCGCAGUCGUCGGGUCACCGCGAGGUCGCCCGGCGCCCAUUCCGAGGGUUCCGACAGACCCGUGUCGCGAAGCUCGUCCGUCGAGUCGUACCCGAACUCGCGGAGGACGCCGUCGCACCCCGGCAGCCUACACCACCAUCACGCCAACCAUCACGGUCAUCAUCAUCACCUGUCGGCCGCUACCCACUUGGACUUUGGUCGGACGACCGUGCACAGCCACAGCGGAGGAUCCACGCCCAACAACAGUCCCAGUCCGCCGCACAGGAUAUCCCACGGCGACUCUCCCGUCGGCGGUCAUCCCCAGCCGCCGCCCGGGGUCGUCAGACCGAGUCCCAAUUAUCUCGCACCGCCACCCGGCGCGGCGACCGCCGCCGCAGUCGCCGCCGAACAGCUCAAGUCCCUCUACGGGCUGCCCGGGCACGGUCCCACCGGGCCCCAGACCGGCCAGAACGAGUAUCACACACAACAGUUGGCACUGGCCGCGAAUUUGGCCGCGGCUCAGCACUUCCAAGCGGCGAAUCUCGCCGUGGCCCUCCAGGCCCAUCACGGCGCGUCGCCCCAUGGACCACCUCACGGGCCCUACCCUCACGGCGGCGCACCCGGUGGACCCCAUCCGCCGCCUCAUCCUCAUCAGCCGCCCAGAGACAGUUACCCGCUGUACCCCUGGCUGUUAUCCAGGCACGGACGGAUCUUCCCUCACAGAUUUCCCGGAGGCCCCGACAUCCCCGGGUUCCUCCUGCAGCCAUUUAGGAAACCGAAGAGAAUAAGGACAGCUUUCAGCCCCAGCCAAUUGCUGAAACUCGAGCACGCGUUUGAGAAAAAUCACUACGUGGUGGGCGCUGAGAGGAAGCAGCUGGCGCAGGCGCUCUCGUUGACGGAAACACAGGUGAAGGUCUGGUUCCAAAACCGACGAACGAAGCACAAGAGGAUGCAGCAGGAGGAGGAGGCGAAGGCGCAGCAGCAAUCGGGUGGCGGAGGUGGCGGGGGUGGGGGCGGGGGCGGGAACGGGAACAACAACGCGAACAACAAAAACACCCAUCACGUGAGCAAGUGGCAGCAAGAGACCGGUGACUAUCACCACGAGGAGGAGGAGGAAGAGGAGCACAUCGAUCCGGAGGCCGAGGAGUGUUCGAGCGGUUCCGAAGCGUAG